AAAGCAGGCGACCAAAUGUCAAAAUCACCCAUUGGUAAACAUGAGGUUAUGUGAUAAAUGCAAUAAACUAUAAUCGAUUUGGAUAUAAUUAUUACACAUAUAUUACUAGAACAAAUAAGGAGGCUUUAAUAGAUCCACAAUGAACGCGAUCAGGAGUUUAUGGCGUUCAGCGCCUGUAAUACGUAGUGCAGUAGCAUCUAACUACACAUUUCGGCCAUUAUCAUCUGCGCCUGCUACUGUGGGUUCUGUUCAGAAGGUUGAGCCAGUGCCGCCGACAGUAGAACUGGACAAGUUAUACAAACGAGUGGAAUUGGAAAUGCGAGGCAUAGACCCCGCCGUACUGCUGAGUUACUCCUGGUUUUGUGUCGCAGCCGCUUCUCAUUUGGGGAUUGAAGUAACUAAGAGUUGGGCACUAAGAAAAGCAGAAAAGGAGAGGCACACUUUACUCCGAAGUGUCCACAUCUACAAGAAGCAUAGAGUCCAGUAUGAAAUAAGGACUUAUUUCAGAUUUGUCCACCUGCAAAGACUAACAGGAUCUACUUGUGACACCUACUUAGAGUACAUUGAGAGGAACCUACCGGAAGGUUGCGCUUUAAAGGUCACUAAGGUUGAAUGCCAGCCAUUACCUGAACACAUUACACCACCCACUGAAUAAUAUAUUGUAAAAUAAUUAGAAUUAGAAUAAACAGUAAUUUAGUA